AAGCCCCGGAAGUACUCGUCGCCUGAGAGGCUAGCUGGUUAGGAAGCGGGGGGUCAGAGGUCGCGGAGGCAGAAGGCGUUCCUGCCGCUGGCCUCGUCACUAUGUAGCUGAGGGGCAGGAGGCCUACUCCACGUUCUGGAAGGUUCUUGGGCUCGACCACGGCAGUAGCCCCAGGACUUCUAGUCCUCGACCUCGGGUCCCUGCCGGCCGAGCGGAGUCGCCGCCGCCAUGUUCGGCUGCUUGGUGGCGGGGAGGCUGGUGCAAACAGCUGCACAGCAAGUGGCAGAGGAUAAAUUUGUUUUUGACUUGCCUGAUUAUGAAAAUAUCAACCAUGUUGUGGUUUUUAUGCUGGGAACAAUCCCAUUUCCUGAAGGAAUGGGAGGCUCUGUCUACUUUUCCUAUCCUGAUUCAAAUGGAAUGCCAGUAUGGCAACUCCUAGGAUUUGUCACGAAUGGGAAACCAAGUGCCAUCUUCAAAAUUUCAGGUCUUAAAUCUGGAGAAGGAAGCCAACACCCGUUUGGAACCAUGAAUAUUGUCCGAACUCCAUCUGUUGCUCAGAUUGGGAUUUCAGUGGAAUUGUUGGACAGUCUGGCUCAGCAGACUCCUGUGGGUAAUGCUGCUGUGUCCUCAGUUGACUCAUUCACUCAGUUCACACAAAAGAUGCUGGACAACUUCUACAAUUUUGCUUCAUCAUUUGCUGUCUCUCAGGCCCAGAUGACACCAAGUCCAUCUGAAAUGUUCAUUCCAGCAAAUGUGGUUCUGAAAUGGUAUGAAAACUUUCAAAGACGACUAGCACAGAACCCUCUCUUUUGGAAAACAUAAUUUGAAUAAAAUAAUUUUUAAUGGAUUCUGAAAUUUGUCAUGUUUUGAAGAUAAUGACUAUUUGAAAGCAUGAAGUCAAAAGGAUCAAUGAAGCCUAAGUUUAAAAACUGCUUAGUGACUAUGAAGUUUAAUUAAGACCUUUAUAAGAAAUUAAAAACAUUAAAAAAUGAAAACAUGUUCAUCAUUAAUGACUCUUUUCCCUUAAGCUUAAAAUAUUCAAGAGGUAAAACAGUUUGUUUGGGCUAUGAUUCAUGUUUUACUUAAAAAUAAAGCAUAUUCACAAUAGCGUACCAA